AAAAAGAAAAAGCAAAAAAAAAAGAAAGAAAACGUUCAACAGGCUACACUUCUCUUCAGGAACGUAGUGCUGCUAAAGGGGGCAUUGAAAUGAGAGCCAACGCCGCAAAUCACAUCAUCUCAGUUUUAGAGAAGAAGCGCUCCCACACGCGACUGCAAUGUAGUUGAAGUGGGGGGGGCGGGGGGUUGAAGGAAAUCUCGUUUGGGGAGUAUUCGACGCGGUGGAUUUUCUUUGCCCAAGGAAGACGAAAGGGAGACGGACUGAAGUUUUCGGGUGCCAGUGCGGGGAGCCCGAUCAUGCUGUCACCGUUUUUAGCUUACUUUGUGGCGGUGCUGCUGCUGUGCCGGGUAGCCUUCUCACAGUACUCAAGCGAUCAGUGCAGUUGGAGGGGAAGCGGCCUGACCCACGAGGCGCACGCGCGGGACGUGGAGCAGGUGUACCUGCGCUGCGCGCAGGGCUCCCUGGAGUGGCUGUACCCCACGGGCGCCAUCAUCGUCAACCUGCGGCCCAACACGGCGCCGGCGCCCGGCGGGCCCCGCAGCGUCUGCGUCAAGCCCGCGGCGGACUCGCGCGGCGCCAACGUGUACCUGGAGCGCGGCGGCGACCUGCGCCUGCUGCUGCCGGAGGCCGACCCCGCCCCCGCCGUCCUCUGCUUCGGCCUCCAGGAGGGGGCGCUGUUCGUCGAGGCCGUGCCCCACCGCGACAUCAGCCGCCGCAUCACCUCCUUCCAGUACCAGCUGUUCGACGACAGGCAGGCGGCCGAACUGCGCUCCCUCUCCGCUCCCUGUCAGCCUUGCAGUGGUGCAGAGAUCCUUCUGGCCGUGUGCACCAGUGACUUCGCUGGACGGGGCAGUAUCCAGGCUGUAGAGCAGGAGGCCGGGCAGGCGGUGGUGUUGGUGAGGAUGAGUGCGGUGUUCAGGCAGAAGAGCCGGGUGUUCAGCUCGGCGGGAGGGCGGGGCAGACGUUGGGUGGGGCGGGUGAAGACUCCUCUCCAGUGCGGGGCGAAGCCGGGGGAGGGGGAGUUCCUCUUCACCGGGACGGUGCGUUUCGGGGAGCCCUGGCUGGGGUGCGCCCCGCGGUACAGGGACUUCCUGCAGCUGUACCGGGACGCUGUGACGCAGGGCACCAAUCCCUGCCACAUAGACACGGACUGAGGCGCUAGCCGCUCCGCUAACGUGCUAAUGCCGGGAUCGCCGCGCUCCCGGGACGGGGAGGGGGCUUCCGGAGGGGCCAUGGACACACACCCACCCCCCCCUCCCCUCAGUCUUACCGCUCUGUCUGACAGAGCCCAAAGCUCUUAAAUGUUGCCUAGCAACGCAAUCAGCUGGACUGUGUCUUUUUGUGUUUGGGGUUGUUUUUCUCUCUCUCUCUCUCUCUCUCUCUCUCUCUCUCUCUCUGAAGCCGCAUCCAUUCCAAUCUGGAAUGUCUUAAGACUGCCAUUUUUUUUUUGGGAGGAGGGACGCUGUAGCCGCCGAUGACGAUGUUGCCGUUGACAACCGUGGCAGUAGCGCUCACACACACACACACACACACACACACACACACCCGUACUCCGUCGCAGCAGCCGCUGGUGUGAGUGUGAAAGAACAUUGCCAGUGCUUUGUUAAAAAGCUUGAUGUACAGUGUGAAGUUGUUUCUUAUGUCAGAAAUGGACAGCUUGCAGCAGAUACUGCUGUUUUGCUUUGUUGUUUUAUUGUUGUUGUUUUAUUGUUGUUGUUUUGUUUUUUUCUAAAGAAAAGUGCAAUUGCAGUCUGUGAUUUUUCUUCAGGCUGGAGAAUUGUGAAGAGAUAAAAGUUGUGUUUUUCCAGAGAAUAAAAACAUCUUCCUGGAA